GUCACUGACAUCCGCACGCACAGCAGCCAAUGCGAUCUAUUGUCCACCCCUCUUGCAAGCCCAGUUGGACAUGCAAAGUGGUGUUUUGCAUGCUGAGGAUAAAGAUUACACAACAGCAUACUCGUACUUCUUCGAAACACUAGAAGGACUGGCAUCGCAGGAUGAUUCAAGAGCACCACUAGCACUGAAAUACAUGCUGAUGUGCAAGAUCAUGCUCAAUCUUCCGGAUGAUAUCAACGCAAUCAUAGAAGGCAAGCUUGCUCAGAGGUACGCAGGACGGGAUAUCGAUGCAAUGAAAGCAGUCGCAAAAGCUCAUGAAGAUCGAAAUUUGGAACAAUUUGAAAAAGCAUUGAAAGAAUAAGAUAAUCUCAACUUCAUUCCCAAGGACGCUGAAAUGGUACCCGACGAGAGCGAAU